AUGACGGAUGGCACCACAGUUGAUGACUUUGAGAGGAAAUAUGUCACCAUGAAGGAGGGGGGCAAGAUUUUGGCGCUAUGGCUGGAAAUCAGCGCGGAUCCGGAGGAUUACGAGAGCCUUGCAAAAGAGGCGAUUGAGGAGCUGAGGCACCCGAAGGUUGUUGCGUUGGUGCACAGUCUCCUCGGCAUUCCGUCCAUGUUCAAGAGGCAGGCCCCGGACGUGGCGCAAGGCAUGAUCCAGCGCAUCAUCAAGCAGAAUGUGGGUGCCAAGAAGCUGCCCGUCAGUGGAAAGUCUAGGUCAAAGCCGGACUUGGGCGUGACGGAGGCCAUCGCCAUGUACAACGCGUGUCCUGAAGAGCGAUCAGGGACCGGAAGUCUCGUGAUUGAUGGCAAGAAAGUCUGGGCCAUCAAGCACUGGAUGGAGAAAUGCUCGGCGGAGGCCAAGGAGGUGGUGAAGGACUCCUUGCAGGAUUACCCGUUCCACCUCGGACCUUUUGGAGAACAGUUUGCCAUGGUCGGCCAAGUCUUCUUGGGCAGCUGCGCGGAGGAUUUGUCGGCCUGUCCUCAGGGCAAGCUAGUGCCGCUGGCGAAUGAGGCUUCAAUCCCGGUGAACUGGGAGCUUGCCCUUGACUGUACCGCGCAGACCAUGCUCUUCUCCCGCGUCAAGAUCGCUUUCAGCAAGGCGACGGGAAUCGUGGAGGACGUUCGCGAGAAAAAGCGCAACAGGAUGAAAGCGGACGAGCUGGCCCUCAGGAACAUCCUGGCCUUUUGGAGCCAGGUCCGCAUGUUCUGCAGCUCUCGGCUGCCUGGCUUCGAGGAGUUUGACAGCAAGCUCAAGAUGGGCAACACGGUGGACGACCAGUUCCAGAUCAUCAUGGACGAACGUCCCAACUCCUUUGCCAUCAGCAUGUUGCCCGUGGCACAGGCAGCAGCUGCUUCUGAGGUACGUGCUCAGGAGGAGUCGGCUACUAUGGAGGUGGACAAGCAGCGUGUGGAGCUCCGAGCAGCUCGCUGGAAGUUCUUUCAGGCGGCGCUGGAGCGGGAUCAAAAGAAGAAGGAGAUGAGCUGGCGCAUGGAGCAGGCACGGCUGGGAGAGCGGGUCGUGUCCGCCUACACCAGCAAGUUUUUGCGGACCGUUCUUGUCAAGCAGAUGGAGCACAUGCACGAGCACGUGCACGAGUUCCGCAACUACGUGGCGCCUCGGGCUGCGUUGGCUCGUUUUCGCAGAGCUUUCCUUGUUGGCUUGUUGGUCGGCUGUGGCGACAUCACGCUAACAAACUUUUCCCGACAGGCGGAUGCGGCUGGGGUCAAGACGUCCGACAUCUACGUCGUCUGCUAUGUGGACCUGAACGUCCCGCUGACCAACUCCAAGGAAAAGAUGAAUGAACUGAUGACCGCUGUGCAAUUCAUCAACGACAUCAGUCCGACCCGGCACAUCGCCGUCGUUGAGUUCCCGGAGCAGGCCAAAAAGAGCAGCAAACGCGGAUUGGCGGACGAGGAAAAGGAGGUGCAGGAGACGUUAUGGAGCUUGCGUCAACACUGCGACACACGUUGGGUGCUACCUUUCGACGUGCAGCCCUCCGCAGAGAACCAUAGACGUCCGCUGGGCGAUCUCAGCAAGGAGCUUCUCUUGCCGGAGUCGCUCAACCCGAAUGAGGACUUGAGGACUGCUGACAGGCAGCGCCCAAGUCCAGAGACGGUGGCGGCGCAGAAGGGGACCGACAGGUUCAUGGCAGUGAUCCCUUCGAUCCUGAAGUUGCCAGCCGGUCAGCUGGGCAACCAUCCAGUCUUUGAGCACCGCCUGAAAAAGACCAUGUGUGGGACGUGGUGCGCGGACAAUCUCUACUACCUCAGUGUCUCAUGGCUGUCGAACGACACCUUCGGCCAGACGCGUCUACUUCGCGAGGUGACCAACGCGUGGCUACAGCGGCGCUUUGGGUACUCUGGCCAGAAAUUCAGCGACCAGCCUCCUUCGCUUACUGCGGAGGAAAUCAGCAGCAUUCCUGGGGCAGAAGCGUCGCUUGGCAACCUCGACAGCAUGCGUUUUGAGGUGCUUGGGCGCAUUGCGGACCAAAUGCAGAUCAAACAGGACGAGCACAAGUUUUGGGCAGCGCAGGGUGGCGAGAUCAGCGAGACCUACAACGCCUGGAGGGAACAGCACGCCCAGCUGCUGUCAAAGUUGGGAGCUCAAGGCUCGGAAGCGCGCGGCUCUGGAAUCCACUUGAAGUCAAAGGACGAGACGCCCUCAGAGGUGGCUGGCGUGGAGCUCAUUCUCACCAAGUCUGGCCAGAUCUGGUUGGUGUCAGACAAGGACAACGUUUUGGCAAGAAACACGCAGCUGGGCGGCUACGGCACUGGGCAGUACGUCAAGACCUCGGACGAGGGCGACGGCACGACCUACACUUUCCCGCUCAAGGACAAGACCAUCGAGCAGCUGGACGAGACUAGCUUCCGCGAGAGGGUGGCCGCCAACACGGUUUCCACAAUGACCUUUUACAAGUUGUUGGUCAUGACCGAGCGCGAGUGUCCUACAUGA